CUAAACUACAAUGACCAGCGUGCCCCGCGCCCCGCGCCCCUUCUCUUUCAGUCUCUGGGACUUGAGAGGCUCCGCCGACCUGCUGACUGAAAACCGAUAUGGCCGCCACUCUGGGCAGCGGAGAGCGCUGGACCCAAGCUUACAUUGAUGCAGUUAGAAGAAACAAAUACCCAGAUGACAGACGGCCUGACAGCCAUGAUCCCUGUGGUUGCUGUAACUGCAUGAAGGCUCAAAAGGAAAAAAAGUCUGAGAAUGAGUGGAACCAGACCCGGCAGGGAGACGGGAACUCCACAUACACUGAGGAACAGCUGCGUGGGGUACAAAGAAUCAAGAAGUGCAGAAAUUACUAUGAAAUUCUGGGUGUUUCUCGCAAUGCCAGCGAGGAAGAGCUUAAGAAGGCUUACAGGAAGCUCGCCCUGAAGUUUCACCCGGACAAGAACUGCGCUCCUGGAGCAACGGACGCCUUCAAAGCAAUAGGAAAUGCCUUCGCAGUCCUGAGCAAUCCCGACAAGAGACUCCGGUAUGAUGCGUAUGGAGAUGAGCAGGUGACGUUCACUGCGCCUCGAGCCAGAUCUUAUCAUUAUUACAGAGAUUUUGAAGCUGACAUCUCUCCAGAAGAACUAUUUAAUGUGUUCUUCGGAGGACAUUUCCCAUCAGGCAAUAUUCACAUGUUCUCAAACGUGACAGAUGACAGUCACUAUUAUCGCAGGCGGCAUCGCUAUGAGAGGACACAGACACACAAGAGAGAGGAAGAAGACAAACCUCAGACACCGUAUUCUGCGUUUAUUCAGCUGCUUCCAGUUCUGGUGAUUGUGAUCGUCUCUGUCGUCACUCAGCUGCUGGCUGCUAACCCCCCGUACAGCUUGUUCUAUAAAUCAACCUUGGGCUAUACCAUUUCCAGAGAAACGCAGAACCUGCAGGUGCCUUACUUUGUGGAUAAGAACUUUGACAAGGCCUACAGGGGAGCGUCUCUUCGUGACCUGGAGAGAACAAUAGAGAAGGAUUAUAUUGAUUACAUCCAGACAAGCUGUUGGAAGGAGAAGCAGCAAAAGUCAGAACUGACCAAUCUGGCGGGGUUGUACAGAGAUGAGCGACUUCGGCAGAAAGCGGAGUCGAUGAAACUUGAAAACUGUGAAAAACUUUCCAAGCUCAUGGGCCUCCGCAGGGGUGGCUGAGAGGACACUGGCCCUGCUCAUGGUGGGGUUUCUUACCUGUUACUAUUUACAUUGCGAAUUCCACUUUAUAAUACAAGUUAGGAACCGGUGAGCAUUCUACUAUCUGCUAACUUUGUUGGGCAGAGCUGCAGCAGAUGGAGCCACUUGUCACCAUCCGGCUCUUCCCCAGGCUUGGCUCCCAGGGCAGGGACAGUUCAUCUGAGGUGCACGGGAAUUUACAUGGUAAAUUUUGGAGCCAGCCCCUUUGUGAAUGCAGGUCAGGGCAUCCCAGAGAAGACCCACACUGCUCCCUUCAUCCUGUCUGCAGCAAAAGCCCACUCCCUAGGCAUUUCUCGGUUUAGCCAGUGCACUUCCGAGUACUGAUGGUGUCUGCCAAGAGUUCUAGUUCUCCCUGCUGUAGUGUCACCAUCCCCCUCAAUUUUCAGUUUUCCAUUCCCUAAGGACAGUAUAGAGAAAUCGAACUGUUCAGCCAAUACUUAAGUAUUAUCCACAUCUCUGCUGAGUCAAGAGCAUUAGCAAACUACCUGAUUUGUUUCU